CGACUCGUCAUUCCUCUCUCGCGCUCCGCACGUUAUACACGUGUCGCUCGCAAACCCCAUCCCAGUGUACGUGUUUAGUGACUCUCACGAUGAAAGCAAUAACGGCAGUGUGUGCGACCGGCGCCUCGGUGCCCGCAAUCGCCAGCGGUCGUAUCCAGCGCCAUAGGGAAGGCGAAAACGCUGAGAUCCAGAUGUAUCUCUCGAAACUACAGGACUUGGUGCCUUUUAUGCCGAAGAACAGAAAAAUCUCAAAAUUGGAAGUGAUUCAGCAUGUCAUCGAUUAUAUAUGCGACCUCCAGUCCGCCUUGGAAAAUCAUCCUGCAGUUGGACAAUUUGAUGCAGAAGGAGCUCUUGCGUCGCCACCUUGCGCUGUGGCGCCGCAGUCGCGCCCUCACAGACGCCCUCUUGGACCUCGGUCGGCGCCUAACACUAUCCUUCGCAGAUCGACCUCCAGCCAAGAACACAGAAAUCAAACGACACCUGAAAAACAGAACCAACCAGAUAGGCCGUCAUGCUAAGUGAUGUGCUUAAUUUUAAGGGACAAUGUAAUUUAUGAUAAUUAUAAGAUACCUCGAAUCGUGGCCGUUGCCGUGAUGGGAGGCGAGGCAGGAGGUGCUGAGAAAAAAGAAGGAAGACGAUGCCUCCAGCAGCAGUUCCAGUGAAAAUCAUCUCGCGAUGAUGUCCUAAGCACGAUCUCGUUAUGUACGAUCAACAAAUUAUUUUAAUUUAAUCGUUUCGUGGCAUUACGGUGAAGACUUCAAUAUUGCAAUGCAAUUAACCGUUCUCGUUGAGUCGAUGGACUGUUUUGUUAUAAUACGUUUUAUGUAAAAAGCUUUAUUAGUUAUUAGUCAGAUGAAUGUAAAUUUUCAAUGUUUGUACAUAGGUAUGUUGAGCAGUAUGUUAAUGGAAUACCUAAAAACAUCCUAUACAUUUUGGUCUCUUAAAAUUUUUGUAUGUAUUUAUAAAUUGUACAGUUUUGUGUAGCACAUUACGUACAAAAAUUCAUGGCUCUUUUAAUUAAAUUUCUUUUUAUUGAAUUCAGUCCUAGAUUCUUAGUUUUAAAACGAUGCUUCCAUUUAUAUCAAAGAAGUAAAUCAAUUUUAAGUUGGUUUACGUAUAUAAUUUUAUUACUUUAAGUUAUUAUUCUUGAGUGUGAUUUUGCAUGGCAAUUUUUGCUAUUAUUAUAUGGAAAUGUAUUAAUAGAGUGCGAAUGCAAACUUUUCUUAUUAAUUUAUUGGUUGCGUUUGCACACUACUAUAUAAUGUAAAUAUUGUAUGUAAUUGAGAAAAGAUAUAAAACAUAGCGAAAAGUGUAUCAAAUUGAGACCUAUUACGAUUUUAUUUUGAAUAAGGUGGAAAUGCUUUAAUUAUCUUAAUUCUUAUUACUUACGGUGUAUUAUAAUUUUAAAUAGACUGUUAUAGUUUUAGUUAUUGAGGGAUGCGUUGGUAGAGGUCAAACAAAUUGUGUUGUUAGUAGUAUAUAUGUGCCGACCGGCACACUGUUACUAAAAACAAUAUUAUUAAUAUAUAACAUGGUUUACACCUCAGGCGACCAAUGGGCUAUCCAUAUAGACGCAAUUGUACCUAUAUUAACAACUAAGUCGUAAGAAAUUGUUUUAAUGAUACAUACUUAAUAGAAAUACGACCUAUAACAAGCGUAAUUUAUGGAUAUCCCAAAACUUAGCACUUUGCGUCACAAAUUGUAAACUGUAUUUCACAAUGUUUUCGUCCAUGUUUCCUUUUUUUAUUUAGUUAUAAAUUUCGCACUGACUUGUCUUGAUAAGUUAUCCGAUAAAUCAAACAAACAGAAAAUAAAAAAUAUUAUGACUAUA